AUGGCAUCCUCAGCACACAAAACGCGCCUCGUUGCCGGCAUCCCCGUAAUCGACACCCCGCUCGUGCAAUCAGCCCUCGACUUCGCCCGCACACACAAUGACGCAAUGUCCUUCAACCAUGUCCACCGCUCCUGGGUUUUUGGCAGCCUGCUGGCGAGCAAGCUACCGGAAUUCGCGCAAACAGACCUCGAAGUCCACGCCGUCUCAGCCAUCCUCCAUGACCUAGCCUGGGACCACAAGAGCAUCUUCUCAACACCCGACAAACGCUUCGAGGUCGACGGAGCAAAUGCCGCAAGAGAUUUCCUGAAAAGGCAAGCGUCACAUUUCAACGAUCGUCAGCGUCAGCUUGUUUGGGAUAGCAUUGCACUUCAUACGACGCCGAGUCUGGCCCGGCACAAGGAGCUGGAGGUUGCGCUUUGCAAUAUGGGGAUUUCCGCGGAUUUUGCCGGGUACGAAUUUCCUGGGGGUCUUAUUUCCAGAGAGGAGUAUAGGGCUGUUGUAGGGGAGCUUCCUCAUCUUGGGUUUAAGGAGGAGUUUAAGAAGCUUAUGUGUGGGCUUUGCGUGCACAAGCCUGACACGACUUAUGAUAAUUAUGUUAGGGAUUUUGGCGAGCGGUUUGUUGAGGGGUACAGUAUGCAGGGGAAGACUUCUGUGGAUAGGUUGAUGAAGGAGCUGGUUUGA